AUGAACGGAGUGUUCGUCUUGCAGUUGAUAGAUUUUGGAAAUUUUAGUGGCACUGCUGAUGCAAGUGGGGGAUUUUUCAGAGGCUCUUCUACCACUAGUGCAAAGAAAGCCUUGCAAAAUCGAGGCGUAAUGCCUUGCACUUGCGCUGAAAUUAUCUCCGCUACUCAAGACGGUGACAAAUUUGUGUCUUCUACGGGUGUGCAGUUCUCACAGGUUACCUUAGUCGGUUUGAUUCGGUCAGUUAAUGAAUCUGCAACACGUAUCGACUAUGAGAUUGAUGACUACACUGGACCCUCCGUAUUAGUAAAACAGUUUGUUGAUGAUGAUGACUCCCCAGCAGACUCAGGCAGUGGCCGCAAACUUAGAGAGUUUACUUAUGUUCGUGUCUACGGCCACGUGCGCAGUUUCCAGGGCGAUAUUAACGUUGUUGCGUUCAAGGUUUUUCCGGUGACGGACUUUAAUGAAAUAACAUGCCACAUUAUGGAAACCAUCUACGCCCGAAUGUUGCAUGCCAAAGCAGCGAGUAGCCAGACUAAGGGCGAUGUCACUACAAAAGAUUCCGCCGUGAAUAUGGUAACCAACAUUCGCGGCUUGACUGCUCUACAAUCCCAAGUUUUGUCCUGUGUACGUGCAGCAUUGGACGAUAACGGAGUUACGGUAUCGCAAAUUUGUGAAAAAUUGAGGGGCGUCCCUGAGAAACAAAUACGGGACGACCUGGAUUUUCUCAGCGCUGAAGGCCAUGUCUACUCGACCGUGGAUGACAACCAUUUCAGAGUUACUGAGAGGUAA